CUGAAAGACCGGCAACACAGUAGAAACACCAACACAAGCUUCACACAAGUUGUAGACAAGCUCACCCCCUACAGCAAUCGAUCAUGUCGUCGAGGCAAGACCAGCGAGAGGCGCGUGCCGAGGCCGACGCGCGCCGCGCGGCGGAGGAGAUCGCCCGCGCGCGCGACGAGCGCGUGAUGCAGGCGGAGAUGGACGCCCGCAAGGCCGCGGACGAGAUCUCGCGCGCCCGCGCCGACCGGCAGCUGGGCGGCGGUGCCUACGCCACCGAGCACACCGCCGGCGGCGGCGGCGGCAUCCUGGAGAGCGUCCAGGAAGGAGCCAAGUCCUUGGCGAGCGCAGUGGGCCGCACUUUCGGCAGCGCCAAGGACACCACCGCCGAGAAGACUUCCCAGGCGGCAGACGCCACCGGGAACAAGCUCGGGGAGUACAAGGACUACACGGCCGAGAAGGCCAGGGAGACCAACGAGAGCCUCUCGCAGAAGACGAGCGAGACGGCCGAGGCCACCAAGAACAAGUUGGGGGAGUACAAGGACUACACCGCCGAGAAGGCAACGGAGGCCAAGGACACCGUGGCGCAGAAGGCCAGCGAGACCACCGAGGCCACCAAGAACAAGCUGGGGGAGUACAAGGACGCGCUGGCCGGGAAGGCGCGCGAGGCCAAGGACACCACCGCGCAGAAGGCCCAGGAGACGAAAGACGCCACCGCAGAGACCGCAAGGCAGGCCAAGGACGCCACCAAGCAGAAGACCAGCGAGUACGCGGACGCCGCCAAGGGGACCGCGCAGGAGGCCAGGGACCGGUCCAUGGCGACUACCCAGACUGCCGCCGAUAAGGCCAAGGACACGGCCUACGACGCCGAUAAGGGUCAGCAGCAAGGGACCGGUCUGUUCGGGGCGCUGGGGAACAUGACGGGCGCGAUCAAGGAGAAGCUGACGGUGGGCUCGGGCACGCCGCAGCAGCACGGCGGCGUCCGGCUGGGCGGCGAGGACGAGCGCGCGGUGAAGGAACGCGCGGCGGAGAAGGCGGCCUCGGUGUACUUCGAGGAGAAGGACCGGCUGAGCAAGGAGCGCGCGGCGGAGCGGGUCGACAUGUGCGUCCAGAAAUGCGUGGAAGGGUGCGCCGAUUCGGCCUGCGCCCACCGCAAGGGCAAGAUGUGAGCGUCCGACGGACGGACGACGUGGCCGCACCCCACAGGAAACGUGCCAAGCAUGCCACAGUUUAUGGAUGGCAGCGGCAAUGAAUAAAUCACUAGAAGUACCGCAGCAGUAGAGAAGCCGCCGCCUUUGUGUUUCAGUACAACUUUCUUUGUAUCUUUUGAAUCUAGUUUCCUGUUUAAUUUUCAGUGCGUGCGGUGUACGUGCAUAAAUCUGGUGAAUGCUCUUUUUGAGUGUCUUGGUAUGAUUUGCAUGACCUGAGAAAUUGAUACUCGCGGUUCUUCC